AUGUACAAGAGUUCAAAAGCCUCCAUAAUUAUUGACUGCGAAGACAAGACUUUGCUUCCAGAAUUAGAAGAUCGGCCAUUGUCAUCUCCUGAGGAAGACUUUACACCCCACAUUUGUCAUUUGUGUUGCUGCCCUGAGCCGAUGAAAAUCUCUGCCAGAGGAAGACUCCAGUUCUUUCAACCUGGGCCCCUGAAGCGUGGCUUCUUGGGCUUGUCCUUCGCCCACACCGGGCUCUGUCUGGAGGCUUUAUGCGGGGCAGAUGCACAGAGUCAUGCCCAGUCGGAGGCAUCGAGCUGCGGAUGUGGGAAACUGAAGAGAGCCGCUGGUGUGGAGGCUUCACUGGGGGAGAGGGGGGACGGGACAGCAGCUCCAGCGGUGAAGUAUUCAGCAAGUGUGAACGACGGAAAGACCGGGGAGACGAGGCCUGACCCGGGUGGAAGUGAGAUGGCGAUGGUUCCUGGGGGACAGUUCCUCAUGGGCACCGACAGUCCUGGGAUCCCCGCAGACGGAGAGGGCCCUCAGAGACCGGUCCACAUCCAGACUUUCUACAUGGACGUCCAGGAAGUCACCAACCAACAGUUCUGGACCUUUGUCAACGCGACCGGACACAUCACAGAGGCAGAAAAGUUUGGAGAUUCAUUCGUCUUUGAAGGGAUUUUGAGUGAGGCUGUAAAGAGCGAAAUAAGUCAAGCCGUGGCUGCUGCCCCCUGGUGGCUGCCGGUGAAAGGGGCCGAUUGGAGACACCCAGAGGGGAAAGACUCGGACAUUAUGGACCGACUGGAUCACCCGGUGCUGCACGUGUCCUGGGCAGACGCGGCGGCCUACUGCUCGUGGCUGCAGAAGAGGCUCCCCACAGAGGCCGAGUGGGAGAUGGCGUGCAGAGGAGGGCUCCAGGACAGACUGUACCCCUGGGGGAACAAGCUGACCCCAAAAGGACAACACUACGCAAACCUGUGGCAAGGAGAGUUCCCGUCCGAGAACAGCGGAGAGGACGGCUUUGUCAGAACUGCUCCGGUGAGGUCUUUCCCCCCAAAUGGCUUGGGUCUGUACGACAUGGUGGGGAACGCCUGGGAGUGGACCUCAGACUGGUGGACCGUGCACCACUCCAACGGCCCCGAGACAAACCCGACCGGUCCCACAUCAGGCUCUGACAAAGUGAAGAAGGGAGGAUCCUACAUGUGCCACAAGUCGUACUGCUACAGAUACAGGUGCGCCGCCAGAAGCCAGAACACUCCGGACAGCACGGCCUCAAACCUGGGCUUUCGCUGCGUCUCCAGAGACCCACGACGUGGAUGCUCUUGGUCAGGAGUCGGACUAGAGGAUUAA